AUGGCUUCGACACAAAGUGCACAGCCGUUGCUCGUCAACGGUGCUUCCCUGCACGUAGUCAACGGUCUCAACAGCGAGAGGCCGGCGAGCCCGUCUUCGGUCGGCAACCUCGCACUGACCGAGUACAGCGCGAUGCCAUCGCCGCCAUCGGAGGAUGCCACGGCCAACAAGAUGAAGCGCAUUGUUCCUGAUGAGUUCCUGCUUCCUAACGGUCAUCCAGAUUACUUGCGCCUCAUCAUUACCUCUUACCCACGUGUCCGCGAAGUUUGCAGUGAGGUGCCCUUAACCCGGGCUGUCAACUUGAGCAACCGCCUCGAGUGCAACGUCCUACUCAAGCGUGAAGAUGAACAGCCCGUCUUCAGCUUUAAACUUCGUGGCGCCUACAACAAGAUGGCCCAUCUCGACCCCAAGGAGUCCUGGAAGGGGGUGGUCUGCUGCAGUGCCGGCAACCACGCCCAAGGAGUUGCAUACUCCGCCCGUAAGCUGAAGAUCCCCGCCACUGUCAUCAUGCCCAAGGGCACUCCCAGCAUCAAGCACCUCAACGUUUCCCGUAUGGGUAGCCACGUCGUUCUCCAUGGUGCCGACUUCGACGAAGCAAAGGAGGAGUGUGCUCGAAGGGCCAAGCUGGACGGCCUCAUCAACAUCCCGCCUUUCGAUGAUCCGUACGUAAUUGCCGGCCAAGGAACCAUCGGCAUGGAAAUUUUGUCACAGACCAAUCUGCAGAAGCUACAGGCCAUCUUCUGUGCUGUCGGCGGUGGUGGCUUGAUUGCUGGUGUUGGGGUCUACGUGAAGCGUAUUGCCCCCCAUGUCAAGAUCAUCGGCGUCGAGACGUACGAUGCAGACGCAAUGACCCAGUCGCUCGCUAAGGGUGAACGUGUCCUUCUUCAAGAUGUGGGUUUGUUUGCCGAUGGUGCCGCCGUCAAGACAGUUGGUGAGGAGACCUUCCGUAUCUGUCAAGAAGUCGUCGACGAGAUGGUCCAAGUCACCACGGACGAGGCUUGUGCCGCCAUCAGAGACAUGUUCGAGGACACGCGCUCUAUCAUCGAGCCUGCUGGCGCGCUGGCCGUUGCCGGACUCAAGAAGUGGGUUGCCGCCAACCCAUCCGCUGACUCCACCCGGUCCGUCGUUGCCAUCACCUCAGGCGCAAACAUGGACUUUGAUCGCCUGGGCUUUGUCUCGGCGCGUGCCAAAUAUGGCGAAGGCAAAGAGGCCCUCCUCUCUGUUAACAUCCCCGAGCGCCCCGGCGCUUUUGCCGAAUUAGUCAACGCCAUCAUGCCGCACGCCAUCACCGAGUUUAGCUACCGAUACGCUACCGAAUCCAAGGCAAACGUCAUGGUUGGCAUUUCUCUGGCCGAUUCCGGCAGCCGCCGGGCAGAGCAACUGCAGACCAUCAUUGGCCGUAUCAAACAAUCAGGUGACAUGGACGUAACAGAUCUGUCCGCCGACGAGCUUGCCAAGAGCCAUCUUCGAUACAUGGUUGGCGGCCGCUCAAAUGUUCCCAGUGAAAGGCUUUACACAUUCCGCUUUCCCGAGCGGCCAGGCGCCCUCGAGCGUUUUUUGCGACUACUGAGACCAAAGUACAACAUCAGCCUCUUCCAAUAUCGAAACUACGGGGGAGAUAUUGGCCAGGUAUUGACGGGUAUUCAGUGCCCUGACGAGGAAGUUGGCGAACUACAAAGCUUUUUAAAGGAGAUCGGAUACCCAUGGGAAGACUGUACAGAUUCACCUGUUUUCAAAACAUUCCUACGAACUUGA